UACAUUUCCCAUCAGGCUUUGCCACUAGCCUAUGUGAUACUAACGACCAGCCGGUUCCUCCUUCUUGUUCUGUGAAGGUGAAAGUGUUAAACAGCACUAACCUUUCUACUGUCUACUGCAAAGUGACGUCCGAGACCCAAAAGAAGAUGUCAACCGUAUCUGCCGCCGCCGCGGAGCCUACCGCCGUCGCUGAGAGCGGCGAGCAGAAGAAGCCGCUCAAGCCUUGCUGCGCUUGUCCUGAAACCAAGAAAGUCCGAGAUGCAUGCAUCAUUGAAAAGGGCGAAGAGAACUGCACAGAACUCAUCGAGGCUCACAAAGAUUGCAUGAGGCAACUGGGAUUCAAGAUUUAACACUUUUUGCCUUUGUCUGCGUGCGUGUGACCAGAGCAAUGGACCCCCAGGUGUGAUUCAAAAGGGCAUUUCUGGGCCUGAGCAUUUUUAACUGUGACGAAAGUUGAAAGAGAAAAAACAUUCCUGUAAAUCUCACUCCCAUUUUGGGGAAGUUUUUAAAAACAGGAUAUAAUAUAGCAUAUGUGUGUUAUUUUUUUUUCUUUUGGUCAGAGAACACAAAUCUCAUUAAGGUAAUUUGGUCGUAAAGUGGACAUACUUUAGGUGUUCUAUGUGCAGCAAAGAUAUGUAGAUCGUGAAACGGUGUCCGUGAUAAGUUCAGAUAGUCAAAUGGACAUGUGGGAUGCUAAAUAUAGCCCACCAACUUGACUACACCAACGUUCCGUCUGCCAUCUUAUCGUGACACAUACACACACACCUAGGCCUGUCACAAUAGCAACAUUAUUUACGAUAUUUAACCAUUAGAUUAUUAAAAUUCCAUUGAAAUAAUGAUAUUAGGGCGGCACGGUGGAUCAUUUGGAAAGCGUUGGCAUCACAGUUCCGAGGUCCUGGGUUCAAUCCCAGAUCCGCCUGUGUGGAGUUGGCAUGUUCUCCCCCAUGCCUGCGUGGGUUUUCACCGGGCACUCCGCUUUCCUCCCACAUACCAAAAACAUACAGCAUUAAUUGGACACUAGAUUGCCAAUAGGUGUGAUUGUGAGUGCAGCUCUUUGUCUUUAUGUGCCCUACGAUUGGCUGGCAACCAGUUCAGGGUGUCCCCCACCUCCUGCCCGUUGACAGCUGGGAUAGGUUCCAGCAUUCCCUGCGACCCUUGUGAUGAUAAGCGGCUAAAAAAAUGGAUGGAUGGAUAAUAUUAUAGAAUGAAAAUGUAGGUAUUAAUUCUGGAGAAUAUUGAACAUUAGGAUCGAAAUGUAGAAAAAAUACAAAACUAUAACUAAAGCAAACUCAGGUUCUGUUCACAAAAGUUGGACUUAACCAAAUAUUAAACAUUUGGCUCAGUCAUUUGAGUAUUGAGUCAUUAUCGCAUUAAAGAGGCCCAAAAAAGUAUUUAUAAAUUUGAUAUACCACAUAGAAGUGUUUUUAACAAGCCAUCCAACUGGCCGUCUGUGCCGGGGUCACCACAUCAAAGAGAUUUUCUAGUCCUUGAAAAACUAUCUUGUCAAAUUCAUCGAACAAUAAGUUGAUAUAGUAAUUAUUGUGACAGGUCUACACACCAGUUCCCCCCCGCCCUUAUUUUGACAUGUUUAACCGUUUUGUGUUCCUCCCCGUGCAGCAAAACGGAUGAUGACAACCCAGGAAGUUUUUGUCCUUCCUCUUUUAUUUAUUUCAUUUUGUGUGCUGAUCACUGCUGUUGGAAUUUGAAUAAAAGUUCUAUGCAAUCAUC